AUGGACGAACUACUUGCGCCAAUCCAGGAUGCCCUGGAAGGUCAGAUUGACUUCCACGGUCAACACCUAGCAGAGCUGCUAAGCACUGUUUUGCUAGUUAUUUCCGGAAUCGUCAGCUUUCUCGUUGGAUGGAUUUACAAGGACAUCCACCUUACGCUUUGGGUCGGCCUGGGAGGUACACUGUUCACUGCCUUCGCCGUGAUCCCGCCAUGGCCCAUUUACAAUCAAAACCCCGAGAGGUGGUUGAAUAAGGACGGGAGUUCAAGGGGUCCACAUGUGAUGGUAGAUGGGGUCAAGGUGGCAUGA